AUGUGUACUGAUUGCAAUGAUGUUGAUGAUAAUGCAGAUGUAGAUAUAGAUACAGAUGAUUUUAAAAAAGAUGAUGAUGAGGAUUUUUUCAAAAUUGAUCUUGAAAUAGAUGAUGAUUUAUUAUUUGAUGAUGGCGUUAACAAUAAUAAGUCAUCAUCAUCACUGCUACUAUCGCUACCACUACUAGUGGUUGAACCUUCACUGUCAUCAUCACUACUACUUUCAUCAAGCCAUCCUACAGAAGAAAUUGGAGAAUGUGAAUUAAACGUUUCUGGAAUAGGUGAUAGACGUGACAAUAAUACGGAGGGGGCGGAGUGGUCUAUUAAAGAUGAUAACGUUGGUGAAGAUGACGAGGACGGUGAAUUAUUAUUAUUAGAUGUAGCACUCUUGUUAGCAGGCAAUUCUAUUGUUAAGCCAUUGAUUUGUAAAGGCUUAGAACUUAUAGGUGAUAAAGGUGUGGAUAAUUUUAAUGACAAUAUAGUAGAAGUUAAAGGCGAAGAUGCAGGCGUUGUUAAAGAUGUUGCAGUCGAAGGAACCGCUGAAGAACAGCAACGCGGACGUGCAAAAUCUAGAGCUAGAGAACCAUUAAUAACGAAUGUUGAAGAACAACAACGCGGACGUGGCAAGUCUAGAACUAGAGAACCAUUAAUAACUAGUGUUGAAGAGCAACAACGCGGACGUGGCAAGUCUAGAACUAGAGAACCAUUAAUAACCAGCGUUGAAGAACAACAACGCGGACGUGCCAAAUCUAAAGCUAAAGAACCAUUAAUAAAUAACAUUGAAGAACAACAGCGCGGACGUGCCAAGUCUAGAAAUAGAGAACCAUUAAUAACUACCAAUGUUGAAGAAUCACCAUCACAACAACGUGAAACACGUGCUAAAUCUAAAACAAGAGAAUCUAAAAACGGAAAGCAGAAAUCUAAAGGACGGUCAAAAGAUUUUGAUUUUGCUGAUCAAGAUAAACAUCCAUUACCUCGUCGUGACAAAACGAAAUAUUCGGAAAAUUCAACACAUAUUGAAAAUAGUGAAUUCAAGCAGCUUACAGCACAAAUAUAUAUUGAAGAAACACAUCAAUCCAAAAAAAUAUCAAUAACAUCUGAAAUGACAGCUUUGGAUGUAUUGAAUUCAUUGCGUAAUAAUAAAUCAAUUAGUGAUGAUGAUUCAUGGACAAUAUUUGAGCUAAUUAAUGAAUUUGGAUUAGAACGUCCAAUAAGGGAUUGGGAAUAUUUAUCAAGAAUUAUUGAAACUUGGGAUUUUGAUAGAAAGUAUGCAUUUGUUCUAAAGAAAUAUCCAUAUAGAAAUGCAUUAACAAUUGAUGGGUUCAAUAACGCUGUUCCGCCAAUGUUUGGUUUCUUACAUAUGGAAGUAAAGAAAAAUAAAUGGCAAAAAAGAUAUUUUCAUGUUAAAGAUGGUUCUUUAUAUUACAAUAAUAAUGGCAAAGAUACUAAAUCAAAAACCAGCGACAAUUUUUUAUGUACAAUGGCAAAUUUCGACGUUUAUUCGCUAAUAAAAUCGUGUAACAGGAAACCACCAACAAAAUUUGUUUUUGCAUUAAAAUCUCAAGAUAAAAUAACAAUGUUUGAAAAUCCUGAAAAUGAUUAUAUUAAAUAUUUAUGUGCUGAUCAUUACGAUAAAAUGAAAGAUUGGGUAUUAAGCAUUAGUACUGCUAAGAAUAAUUUGAUGCUUGCUGAAAAUCCCGAAUUGUUCUUAAAAAUGGGCUUUAAAGAUGAUAGUAAUAAAGAUAAAAUAAUUACUGAAAAAUCAGAUUCAUCAUUAUCACAGUCUUUUCAGCAACAACAAAACGUUCGCAGUAAUCAUCUUGGAAAACCUAAUUCUGAAGUAAUGUUUAAAGAAGGUUCUUUACUGGGUUCUAGUGAUAAAAAUUUAUUGGCACCAAAUGCUUCUAGUACUACCACUAUUAGAUCAUUGUUGGAUACAAAUGAAGCUUUACUUGAAGAAGUUAAAGAACGAGAAAAAUUGCGUAGAGCAUUAAAUGGAUCAGGAUAUGUAAAAGAUUCAAUGAAUAAUAACACGUACAUUAAUAUUAGUGAAUCUAUAAAAUUUAAUAAAGGUUCUUUAUUAGAUAAAAAUCGAGAAAUUGUUGAAUCAUCAUCAACUAAUAACACAGAUG